UAUCUUAUCGUCAUGACCACCUUAUCAGGGUGUACCCCAUUGAUACACACGACUCUAACAUUACGGCAGUCUUUAACCGCGAGAGCAGAAUGAAUUAUUUUAUUUUUUGUGCUUUCCUCCUCGUCCUGGGAGUCAACAGUUCUCAGGACGAAUUCACUUCGAGGUCAGGACUCCCAGGACCCACUGAACCGACAAGUCCCAUCUCUUCGAUUAAUAACUCGAGUAUUUGCCGAACCUGCGAUUGUCAAGACGCGUCAAUUAACUGCACCGGACGCGAAUUAGAUAAGAAUUUCGCGGACGACGAGUGGCCCAGGGUAAUCCUGAGGUCCGUCACCUUCGAGGGCAACAGAAUCGUUCAUCUCAGGAAAUUUCCCAACGUCACGAUUGAGAAAUUAAUUCUCACUGGGAAUAAAAUCGUGAAAAUCGAUGAUGCAGUUUUCAUUGAGAUAACAAAUCUCACGGAAUUAGAUCUGAGUGAUAAUCAGCUCACGUCGAAGAUUCUGAGGCCGGAGAUAUUCGAGGGAAAAUUUUCACCGGUCGAGUGGGAACCGCUGGAGAGAUUGCGCGUUUUAAAUCUGGGUCGCAAUAAUUUUCAUACUCUCAAUCAGGACCUCUUCGAGCACAUAACCGAUCUCAAGGUGUUGAUCCUCACUGAAAAUCCGUUCUCCGUCAUUGAUCACGCCACCCUGGAUGCCCUGGGGGAGCUCACUGCUCUCGAGGAAUUGGAUUUGAGUCAUUGCCAACUCCAGGGGCUUCCGGACACUAUCUUCCACGUACCCAAAGAUACCUUGAAGCGUCUGCACUUGAACGGCAAUCGGUUUUCUGGGGUACCACUUGCCCUCCAGGAUGCAACAGCCCUCGAAUACUUGAGCAUGAACGAGAAUCCUAUAAAAAUAUUAGGGGAAUUGAGUUCGUUCCCGAAUCUUCAGCAUCUCAAGGACUUGAGACUCCGUUCGAUGCCAGAUCUAGUUGCCGUUGAAUCCGGUGCAUUCUCCAAUCUCGAAGCUCUCGAGUAUCUCUACCUGGACGAUUGCCCGAAGCUCAGGAUCAUCAGUGAAAAUGCCCUCGUUCAACACACCAAUCACGGAGCGAUAUGGCCACCCCUGAAAGGCCUCGAUAUUUCCGACAAUGCCCUGGAGUACAUCCCGUCGACUCUCCUGGGCCGAUGGGAUAAAUUAGAGCAAUUAGAUCUCACCAACAAUCAGUGGGGCUGCGACUGCGACAAUCAAUUCCUCGUGGGUAAUUUGCUGCCGAAGCUGGGAAAACCUCUUCUCGGUGAUAACAUGAAGAAGUUGUAUUGCGCAUCGCCACCGGAACACGCGGGUAAAACUCUUGUAUCUCUUGCUAAUCGAAAGCUCAGGUGUCCAGAUCUUUAUGGGGCACGCCCUGAACGGGAUGCUGCCAUCCUCGUCGGCCUCAUGAUAGGAUUACUACUCGCCAUUCCUAUUGCUCUGACGUUCUUUUUACUCUGGCGUCGGGGGUAUUUCUUCUGCAAUGAACAAAAUCCCGCGACCUUCUCCAGGGCAUUCUACAAACGCGCCUACACCGAUAACGAUUUCUAGACAUCGGCAUUCUGUCAUUCAUCUUUCAACUCAUUCCAAUUGAUAAAUUUUAUUAUAGUGAAUAUUUUCAUUCAGAUUAUUAAAAUAUAAAGAUGUCGGAAUUA